AUGCAAGACGGCGGGCACCACGCACGCAGCAUCAAGAACCGGGCCCCUGCUGCCAUUCAAGUGACCGCGGAGCAGCUGCUUCGUGAUGCGCAAGAACGCCAGGAAUCCCAGUUUCGAGCUCCCAAGCAGCUACGAGGCAGAAAGCGGGAGGAGUUCGAGAAGCGGAUCAGGCAGACGCGAUCAAACAUAAAAGAAUGGCUCCAGUAUGCCAACUGGGAGGCAAGCCAGGGCGAGUAUGCGCGCUCGCGCUCGGUCUUUGAGCGCGCGUUGGACGUGGACCCUCGCAGUCUCAAGGGGCGAAACGUGCAACACGCCCGCAAUUUGUUCGAUCGCGCGGUCACUCUCCUUCCCCGGGUGGACCAACUCUGGUACAAGUAUGUUUACCUCGAAGAGCUGCUGCAGAACGUCCCCGGAGCCCGCCAAGUGUUCGAGCGGUGGAUGCAAUGGGAGCCGGAUGACAAGGCGUGGCAGGCGUACAUCAAGAUGGAGACGCGGUACGGCGAGUUGGAUCGGGCGAGCACGAUAUACGAGAGGUGGAUUGCCGUGCGUCCAGAGCCACGCAAUUGGGUGAAAUGGGCAAAAUUUGAAGAGGACCGGACGAAGCUCGACAAGGCGCGCGAAGUGUUUCAGACCGCGCUCGAGUUCUUCGGGGAUGGCGAAGAAGAGGUGGAGAAGGCGCAGGCCGUGUUCAGCGCUUUCGCGAAGAUGGAGACGAGGCUGAAGGAAUACGAGCGCGCCCGGGUGAUCUACAAGUUCGCAUUGUCCCGCGUUCCCCGCACAAAGUCAGCCGCGCUCUAUGCGCACCACCGUCCUGGCAAGCGACGUAUCCAGUACGAAGACGAGCUCGCCCAAGAAGGCCACAAUUACGACGCUUGGUUCGAUACUCGCGUUGGAGGAGGGCGCAUUCCGCGACGCGGGGAUGAAGGUGCGACUCUAGAAGAAUCGAGGCUGCCGGGGCAAAAACGACAUUGGCGGCGGUAUAUAUUCCUCUGGUUAAAUUAUGCGCUAUUUGAAGAGAUCGAAACAAAGGUGUACACGACAGCAAUACGAGUCGUGCCACACAAACAGUUUACUUUCGCUAAACUCUGGUUGAUGUUCGCAAACUUCGAGGUGCGUCAGCUGGACUUGCCCGCUGCCCGCAAGAUCCUUGGUGCGGCAAUCGGCAUGUGUCCCAAGGAGGCGCUCUUCAAGGGCUAUAUCCAGCUGGAGCUCGACUUGCGCGAGUUCGACCGUGUCAGGACGCUGUACGAGAAGUACAUCGAGUUCGAUCCAAGUAACUCAUCAGCUUGGGUGAAAUACGCUGAACUCGAGUCUCAGCUCGAAGACUUUUCGCGCACACGCGCUAUCUUCGAGCUCGGCGUCACACAACAGCCGCUUGCCAUGCCAGAAGUGCUCUGGAAGGCGUAUAUUGACUUCGAGGUCGAAGAGGGCAAUCGGGAGGGCGCGCGCGCGCUGUACGAACGACUCGUCGCCAUCAGUGGACAUUGGAAGGUAUGGAUCGCAUACGCGGAGUUCGAGGCCGCGCCCAUACCUGUCGCGCGGGAACUCCGGGAGGAGCGGGAAGAGGAAGAAGAGGAGGAAGAAACAGAGAUGGCCCCUGGUGACGUCGAGCGUGCGAGGCGCGUGUUCGAGAGGGGUUAUGCGGACUUGAGGAAGCAGGGUCUGAAGGACGAGCGCGCUGCGCUCCUGGAGGUGUGGAAGACGUUCGAGGAGAAGAACGGGACGCCAGAAGACGUCCAGCAGGUUCAGUCCAAGAUCCCCAUCGUCAGUGCGCGCCGUGUCAAGGCCAACGAUGGUCAGGAAGAACUGGUCUGGGAUAUGGUGUUCCCAGACGACGAGAGGGAAUCAAACCCCACAUCCUUCCAAUUCCUGCAGAUGGCUCAUCAAUGGAAGAAGAAGCAAGCAGAAAAGGCGAAGACCAGCCAACCCGAGGGAGCAUUACAGAGCCCUGGUGCUCCUUCGGCGCCGUCUUUCACGCGGGCAAGCGCCGCUACCACGCAAGAGCAAGACACGGACAUGCGGGAUGCGUCCAGUGACGUUGCAAGCUCGCACGGUGGUGAUUAG